AUGAUCCGUCGGAAGUCCAGCCAAUUCCAGAGCCUGAGAACGCCGUCGGAACUUGAACAAUCCUCCCAACUGCGGCGGGAAAACAAGAAGGACCGCAGCUCAGUGGAUGAUCUAACUUCGCGUGUGGGAUUAGGUGUGUGGUCCGAGCGCUGUACCAUUACCUCGGUGGAAGAUGAAGAUUCUACAGCCAAUUUGUUCCCGCCUCCUCUGCCCCAGCCCCGGAUCUGCAUGUGGAAGUACCUGGACAUCCAUUCCAUGCACAGGCUGGAGAAGACGGCCAACGCUGAGGAGAUGAGGGAGGUGCUGGCCGACCUGUUGGGGCUAGGAUGGCCUGAGCAGAGCCAGCGUGAUGCCAUUACCCUAGAUCUCUUCUCCCAUGCACUCAUCUUCUGCCGCCAGCAGGGCUUCUCAAUGGAGCAGACAUCAACGGCUUGUGCCCUGCUCCAAGAUCUUCACAAGGCCUGUGUUGCAACCCCCUUGGGCAAUGUGGAGGAAUGUUACCGCUACUUCUCCAGUGUUCUUUUUUGCCAUGGAGUCAGGCGGCCCCCUUUCAGUAUCAACCUUUUUAAGGAGGAACAGCUGUUGGCCCUGGCUGAUUAUGUGGUCAACACCUACUUUCGCCACUUCAAGCUCUACAAAUACGUCUUUACUCCCGAGGUGCGGCUAGAUCUGUCUUUGACUUAUUUAGGGCUGCAGCCACCCAAGCCCUGGCCAGAGGAUGAGACAGAGAAAGAAGGUGGCGAGGAGGUGGAGAAGCAGGCAGUCACCCUACAGGAGAUGGAAUCAGAAACGGUGGCUGAGUCACAGCAAGAGCCAAGCCACGUCUCCCUCCUCCGAGCCUACAUCAAGACCCAGCUGAACAAGGAGCUGGAGCUGCUGCAGCAGCUGGUGGAGGAGCGGCUCAAGGCCAGUGAGGAAAGGCUCAACAGCAAGCUGACCACACUGGAGCGGCCCUUCCAACUGCCUCCAGGCAAAAGCAAGAACAAGUUCAAGUGA